UCUGUUUCUUUAGUGUUUUUGUUCGUGUCUUUCAUUCUAAAUAAAAUAUCAUGAGUGUGUGUGAUCCUCUCUCUCUCACCUCGCAUUGGUGGUGCAUAAUAUAUAUACAAUGAAGUUGGACGAAAAACAAGAGGAAUAGGAGAAGGAAUAAUAACAAUAAAUACGAAUAUAGAGAUAAUACGAAGAGAAAAAAGAAAAACAGAGGAGAACAAAACGAACUUUUCCGCAUAAAUGUUUAAAGAAUCUGCAGAACCGCGCCGUGGCAGCUUGAAGUCCUUGCAGAGCACUUCAUUGGUGAGUGCGGUAUUGGAGAGUGCAACAUCACCACGAAUCUACCCCCUCGAUCCAGGCUCCGUGGAUUUUGUCGAUUUCAAGGAAGACAUCUCGGGACACCAUCACCACCAUCACCAUCAUCGGUACCGGGACGACGUCAGCACUUCCUCUGGCGGACACCACCAUCCUGGCAGGCGAUUCGCGCUUAUGGGCAAGGCCACAUCCGGCCGCCACAGUGAAUUCAAGCACGGCUCAAUCAAUCAGCACAACAGGCAAAGACCAAUUUCGCAGAAAUUAAAAUCACAUCUCACAGAAAGCAUUCCAUCAUACCUCAAGCGGGGUCGUGGGGGUCAAAGGAGAUCCCCGAGUGUGUCAUCCAAUAUGGAAUUUCUCCGCGGUGUCUAUGCCUUCAUGCAAGUGAAUCAUGUGAAAGUGGACUCUGCAGUUUUCCGACUUCACACCAACGCCACUGUAAUUUUGUUAGUAACCUUCUCCAUAGCCGUUACAACGAGGCAGUACGUGGGAAAUCCAAUAGACUGCGUUCAUACAAGGGACAUCCCGGAGGAUGUUUUGAACACAUACUGCUGGAUACACUCAACAUAUACAGUGGCUGAUGCCUUCAACAAGAAACAGGGAUCAGAGGUGCCAUUUCCGGGUGUCGACAACUCACAGUCGCGCGCCAAUGUGACAAUAAAGCACACAAAAUACUAUCAGUGGGUCGCUUUCACGCUUUUCUUCCAGGCUAUCCUGUUUUACACACCACGAUGGCUAUGGAAAUCGUGGGAGGGUGGCAAGAUACACGCUCUAAUGAUGGACCUAGAUAUUGGGAUCUGCUCAGAAAUUGAGAAGAAGCAGAAGAAGAAGCUCCUAAUCGACUACCUGUGGGACAACUUGCGUUAUCACAACUGGUGGGCGUAUCGAUACUUCCUCUGCGAACUGUUAGCUCUAAUUAAUGUCAUAGGACAAAUGUUUCUAAUGAACAAAUUCUUCGAUGGAGAAUUCCUGAAAUUCGGCUUAGAGGUGAUCGCUCACAUGCAAGAGGAUCAGGAGGAUCGCGUUGAUCCGAUGAUCUACAUUUUCCCCCGAAUGACCAAAUGUACAUUUUACAAGUACGGCAGUGGCGGUGAGGUGGAAAAACACGAUGCAAUUUGCAUAUUGCCCUUGAAUGUGGUCAAUGAGAAAAUAUACAUUUUUCUCUGGUUCUGGUUCAUCAUUCUCACUAUUCUCACCACCCUCACGGUAAUGUACCGCGUGGUGAUUAUCUUCUCACCCCGAAUGCGUGUUUAUUUGCUACGACUACGGUUUAGGUUAGUUCGUCGGGAUGCCAUUGAAACAAUUGUGAGACGCUCGAAGAUGGGCGAUUGGUUCCUUCUGUACAUGCUGGGCGAAAAUAUAGACACUCUGAUAUUUCGCGACAUCAUGCAGGACCUCUCCACGCGACUCGGUCACAACCAACACCAUCGAGUGCCCGGCAUUAAGGGUGAGAUCCAGGAUGCGUGAUACUGGGAGUAGCCGUCGCCGUUGCGACGCGCACCUUCAGCAUUCUUCCAUUGCGCGCUGUGUGUAUAGGCACCACAUUCGAUUUCUUAUAUAUCUACCUAUUGUAUUUACCGAACUACUAUAUACAUAAUCCGAAAUCCCUAAGACAUGAGGAGAGCGAGGAAUCAGCCCGAGGACGGGAAGAAUUGACGAUCAUCUUCUCACCUUUGGUGAUACAUGAAAUCCCCUUAUUUGUACAGUGUUCAGGAGAGAGGAGCCGCGCAGUCACCGCCGUCCAGAAGAGCUCGUCACACUCUGAAUUGACAUUCGAAAUCUAAACGGAUAAAUAGAUGAAAUACCAAACUAACAACCUAUAGGCAGCAUCUUGAGAAAUGCAAUUGAUUGACUCGUGGAUUUUCCUUCUUUCUUCAACAUCACACAAUUCAACUGCCGCCAUUGGAACGGAAAAACAAUCAUUUUCCCAUAAAAAAAAACUUGAAAUAUUACCAUGAAUGUUUCAUUUAAACCAAUUAACUGCCAUGAAAUUCCAAGGUGUUCAUUUGCUAGGUAAGGCAAAAACAUUAACGGUUUUCCAUCGCAUCCUUUUACAGAAGACAAAACGAUAAAAAAAACCACUCAUUUGACUAACUUCUUGUGUAUUUUAUUUUGGGAAAUAAUAUAACAAGAGGUUUCAUGUAAAUACGCGAGUAUAGAAGAUUUUCCCCAUAUAUAAAAUUUAUCGAAAAUCAUCUCGUCUAGGAUUAUCAACUCUGAUAAAGUCUACCAGAAAACAUUAGAAAUUGUUCUUCCAGGAACCCUAAUUUCUCAAUAAUCAAGCCAGUGUCCAAUAAAAUAUACAUUAUUUACCUACAUUUUAAUCCACUUCUAGGAAAAAAAUUGUAGAAAAAUAUAACAUGUAAGGAAAAAAUAUUUAGGGAUCACUUAGAAGUCAGAGAAUAGCUCUAGAAGUGAAAGUGUUCUUUAGACAAGAAAAAAACAUAAUAACUCACGAUUUGUGAGGAUAAUAAAAUGUAGAUAUUUUCAGUAGGAUAAAAAAAGAAUUAUUAGAGCCAAUCAGCUGCAUUUCUCAAAUAACCCAACACUAACAAAAAAAAACAAUGUACUUAAAGCAGAUAUAAAUUCAUUAUGUUUACAUAAAUCACUGAAGAACCUCACAAAACACUUGUUAUAGUUAAAAAUUUAUUGACUUAAUUUAAGAGGGAGGAAAAAUAGAUAAUGAAAAUUACCAAAGUGCAACAACUGCCAUUCAAGAUAUUCAUUAAAAAAAAAUACCUUAUAUAAAUUAUACAUAAAGAAAUAUUUAAAUUGUAUUGUAAUCUAAUAUCAAAAAGUGAAAGAAAAAAAAAUUGAAAAGCAUUAAUACUUAAGUAAUGACGAAUCGUAGAUAUUAUUAAUUCUUAGGUAAAUCAAUGAAAAUUAUUUUUACUCUGAUCUCUAUUAGUUUUUUAGUAUUAAAACUUGUAUUGUUAAUCAAUUUAUGCAAUUAAUUGUGUUUAACUAUACUUCGUACGAGGAGAAAAGAUCAAUUCACACAUUUUGUCGUCUCGAUCAUUUUAACCCUAUGGUGACACUCAUGAUUGCGCAACUGUUUAUCUAAACAGAUAAUCAUUGGGACAAUUGUGGGAAUCUCUGUAUAAUCAUUCUUAGAUAAACAAUGGACAAAACAAUUCGAUAGAGAGCUGAUGAAAUAAAAUAGAAUUGCAUGAAAGCAGGUGAGAAGACGUUAAGAAAUUGCGGUGAAAAUGUUCGUAUCGUAGCGCAGAGAGAUUUUUCCUUUCUUUUUCUUAUAAUAAAAUAAGAACAAUUUUUUGAAAAGAAGAACAAAACAAGAACGAUAUUUACCCAGAAAAAAAAAUGAGAAGAAAAUGAAUUAUCAUUGCAAUGUUAUUCUUCUUUCACCAAAAGUGCUACUUAACAAAUUGACAUAAAAAAAAGAGAGGAUAAAAUGAUGACUCCACAAAAAAUAUGGCUAAUGAAAGUAAUUAAAUAUAGUUAAUUGCACAUAAUUCGACAUUUAUAAUCAAAGAAGCAAUACGAUUUGCAAUGAAAUCACCUACAAUAUAUUAGUUAAUUUAUUGUUUUAUAGGACGAAAAGUAAAAAAAAAAUAUGAGAUGAAAAAUACGAUAAUAAAAAAGUGAAUACUAUUCUAACUAAAAAAAAUACUUAGGGCAAGUGAAUAUAAAGGAAAUCAAUGCUCGAUCGCAUCCUAAAGACAAAAGAAAAACAAGAAAACGAGAUAAUUAUUAUAUAGAAAAAAUGAUUUUUUAACAUUAUCAAAUAGCAUAGUUACCACGUAAAGGAAUCAAAUAAUUUUUAUAUCCCUAAGUAAAAUGCACUCACAUGAGAUUAAACAAUCCCUAAAUCCAACCAAGAAAAUUAUGGAACAAGAUUAUAGAGCGUAAUCAAGGAAUUGUUGAGAGGAAAUUAUAUAGUACAUAAUUUUAAGUUCUGUAAAAAAAAGGAAUCUUCCCAUCCUCUAUACUCCUUAUUAAUUAGCAUAUAGUGAGAGAGAGAGAAAAAAAUGGAGAAGAACUUGAGAAAAAAUUAUCAAAGAUUAAGACAAGAAAACCCAACCACUCAAAACACUACACAAUUUCUUAUCUUUAUUAUCUCGCCACAUUUAUAAAAGACGUCCUUCGAUGAUGAAAGAAGAAAAAAAAAAGAUGAAAAGUAAUUAUUAAAAAUUAAUCAUAAAGGAAUGAAUUACCAAUUAUUAUUAUAGGAAAACAACAAAAUAGGUAAUAAAAUUUUUAAAUGACGAUGCGCAACUUGAUUCGAGUCACACAUUUCAGCAAUAAAUAAAAUGAGAAAAGAAUGAAGGAGAGAAAUAAAUAUUCAAAAUCAUGCCUUUUGUAACAUCUCCUUGUGUCUGUGCUUUUCUUCUCUGUCCUCCAAUUAUAAUUCGAUAAUUAUCGACUAGUCGGCAAUUUACCCUUUAGAUUCGCGCAUUCACGGUGAGUAU